AAAAAACACCGGCUCGCACCCCUCGCACGCCGCGACGCCGUCUCUCCCCGCGACGCCGAAGCAGCGACGUCGGAUCCCGCCGGCGACGCCGCUGCCCCGCGAGGUCGGCUCCCCGCGACACCGGCGUGCCCCGCCACUGACGCGAGACGCCGGCUGCCCGCGAUGCGUUCUCCCCGCGACAGCGGCGCACCCCGACGCCGGCUCCCCAUCGCAACACCGGCGUGCCCCGCUACUGACGCGCGACGCCUGCUCCCCGCGACAGCGACACCCCCGACGCCGGCUCCCCGCGACGCCGCGACAGCGACGGGGCCGCACUCCUCGACGCCGGCUCCCUAUCGCGGCACCGCCACCCCGCCACCGCCGCACCCCGACGCCGGCUCCCCGUCGCGGCACCGCCAUCCUGUCUGCCACGCCGCCGCACCACUCGACGCAGUCGAUCUGGACUGCGAGGACAGGAGCCGCCGCCGCCGCCGCGGAUCGGGCAGCAGGCGGGCCUUACGCGGCGGCGCGCGGGAGGGCAAGUCGCACGCGCGCAGCAGGCGACACGCGCCCCCCGCCGUGGAUUCGCCAUGCGCUACGCGCGCGGCCGCCGUCCCCGUCGCUGUCGGUGCCCGCUCCUCACAGGCGCACCUCCUCCACACCGUCGUGGACCUCGCGCCGCCAGCAUCUACGCCGCGCGGGCCGCUUCCUUCACGCCGCUGGCUCAAGUCCUCGCCGCACCUCCUCGACUCCUCCACGCCGCCGUCCGUCUCGCGCUUCUCAGAUGUGUUACCAUCUCUGUAAUCCAAGUCGGUGGCACCGUCGAGGAGAGGAUUGAACUUGCAGAGCAAUUUGCACCUAGCAAUCAGGGGUUCAUUCAGACCAUGAAUAAAGUCUUCGAGCAUGCUGGAGAUCUUAUCAACAUAAGAGUGGCACACAAUUUGAUGCGGCUUAUUGCUGAAGGCUUUGGCGAGGAUGAAGGUGCUGAUAGUCAACUAAGAUCAUCAGCUCGGGGGUGACGUGACAGGGCUGUACUGUCACGCCGGUGGGAGUGGCGUGACAAGCUUGGCACGUGGAAUAUGCGCUGGCAGACCCCUUCCGAGCGCUCCGAAGCGUGCCGACGUGACACACCUUGUCACGCCAAUGCAUGUGGCGCGACAGCGUGUUUUUGUCACGCCACGCGGACCGGCGUAACCUAAAGGGUUAGAUCUGCAAAUAUAUGUCCGGGUGGGUUAUUUUUAAA